AUGUCUCAGAACACGUUGAGUGGUCUGCUGCCCUCAGAGCUGUCUUCACUGCAGCACCUGGAGUUAUGGAACAUGAGCCAAAACCAGCUGGGAGUGGAGGUGCCUGACUGGAUUGUGCAGAGUGGUGGAGUCACGGAGACUGCUACUUCGUUUGGUGUGCAAGGGAGAGUGAGGAUAGGAGGAAUGCAACUGUAUGGGCUUGAGAAGCUGGCAUGCAUUGUGGACGGCAACCAGCUGGUGGGGCAGCUGCCGUCACUGAAGCGCAUGGCAGCGCUCAAGGAAGUGGCUGCACGAGGCAACUUCAUCACGUCUGUAGCAGAGACACCUCCCGCAUGCCCCCCAUAUCGGCUGCUGCUGGAAACAAGCUGCUUUGCAUUCAACCUCACCAUCUGUGGCACCCAGCAAGUCCAGAGGGAAGCUGGGUGGUGCAAGUGGUUCUGUGGGAACGAGCCCUUGAGCCCACCGUGUGGCGGCCAUGGAUUCUGCUUCUUGCUGCCUGGGCUUACAUCUGGUCCCACCUGCGCUUGCGAUUAUGGUUACACGUACACCGGUGAAACUACCGCCACCUGCACCUUGGAAGGACCAUACAUCCCUUCCAGCCUCACCUCCUACGAAGACCCGAUGAAUAUUUUUCAGUCGGCCUUCUCUGCUCCCAACGGCUCCAUCUUCCUCACCUCAACGCCAUCCACUGCACCAUGGGGGGCGGCCUUCACACCGCAACCCAUCGCCCUCUUCCUCUCCACCAACAAAAAGCAGCCCUGCGACCAGCCCAUUGCCUUCUCUGUCUCAUUCUCGUUUCGGAUGACACCUGCUGCUCCUACCUCUGGUAGUGCUGCUGCAGGCGCAGGCAGCAGCACAACAGGCGAGGGCCUGGCGUUUGUGGUCACUGUGGCGGCACCCCAGGGGACUGCAGCGGGGGUGGGGCUGGGAGGGGUGGGGAAGCGGAGUGUGGCGGUGGAGUUUGACUCGGUGCUGAGUGUGAAGCACAGCGACCCCAACGACAACCACGUGGGCGUCAAUGUGGGCGGCUCACCUGUGUCCCUCGCCUCUGCCACGGCCCCUCUCAUCCUCAACGACGGCCACACCAAGCACGCCUGGAUCCACUACGACCCCACCAGCGGUGGCACUCUCCGAGUCUUCCUCUCAGCCUCCAGGCAGCAACCAUCCAAGGCUGUGGUGACGGCGAGAGUGUCUCUGUGCAGCGCGCUCAAGCCCACCGUAGGUGGUGGCUCCUUCCUCUUCGGAUUUUUGGCAGCCUCUGCAAACAACACUCAGACGCAUGACAUCCUCUCAUGGAAGAUUGUCACUGGCAAACUUCCUGUAGCGGACUGGCUGAAUGAAGCCCCUGGCAAAGCAUUCGGCCACGUGGCAUCAGCAGAGGAGGGGGCAGCAGGCAGUGAAGGCGAGAAUGUGCCCUCCUCCUUCCACUAUGCCAGCCUCGCCUUUCAAUCAGACAGCCCACCCACGCUGACAGUCCCACCGUGUCCCUCCCUGCACACUCCUCCCUGCACACUCCUCCCUGCACACUCCUCCCUUCACGCCCCUCCCUUCACGCCCCUCCCUACACGCCCCUCCCUGCACGCCCUUCCCUGCCCGCCCCUCUUCGCACGCCCAACCCCUCUCUGGCCUGCAGCCGACUCCUCGGCGCACGCGGUGGUGGCGGCGGUGGAAGCGGCCUACAGCAUCGCCAGCAACAGGUCGCAGCCCCCCCGGCUGUCGGUGGAGCAGCUGCGGCUGGCCCUGUCGGCCAACUGCGACGACAUGCCUCCGCGCGAUGUGCUGGCCUUCCUGGUGGCUGCCACGCGCAAGGGAGGGGGGCUCGUGGAUAACGCAGCAGCAGCGGCCGCCAGUCCCCACAGCAUGGCGUCCGCCGGCCGGCGGGAGAGACUGGCCGUGAAGAUUAAGUACUACGGAAUUCAAGGCUUUGAGGAGACCUCGUUUGAUGGAUGGCUGGGUCUGCUGCUGGCAGUGCAGCGGCAGCCGGUGGUCGUGCGAAUAGAGGCUUCCGCGCAAUCAUUCUUUGAGUACGACGGGACAUACAAGUACGCGGACGCCAGCUGCUUCCAGAAGGGGGUGAACCACGCAGUGCUGCUGGUGGGCUAUGCUUUGCAAGGCAGCACGUCCAGCCCUUUCAGCCUGGAUGGGCCCCUCUGGGUGAUCCGCAACUCAUGGGGCACAGGAUGGGGGGAUGUAGGCCACAUGUACAUUGACAUGCAGAGUGGGCCGGGCGUGUGUGGCAUCAACACACUGCCAGGCAUCUUGCCUAUCCUCCGAUCUACUGCCGAUCCGUGUGGCAGCAAGUCAGUGAUGCUGGCGGGCUCACCGGGAGGAGCAGGGAGCAACGCGUUCAACCCGUGUGGGCAGUUCAAGUGCUCCAAGGCCGGAGCAUCCAACCGCUGUGCCUGUGGUGCUCCCCACUUCGUCCAGGCCUCCCACCCCGACGGCUCCAACAUGUGCGCCUACGUGGACGCUUGUGGGCUGGCAGGCAGCAACCCGUGUGUGGUGGGCACGUGUGUGAACGAUGGCAAGGGCAGCUACUCCUGUGUGUGUCCCCCGGGGUUUGUUCAAGGCACCACCGUCAAAGGAACCCUCUUCUGUGCUCCUCGUGACAACAAGGGCAGCUACACAGUCCUUGGCAGCAAUGUGUGGUGCUCCCAUGUGCUGCCUGUGUUCGGUCUCACUCUCGACCAACUCAAGCAGCAGAACAAGGGGGAAAGCUGUGUGAAAAUCGCUCAGCAGUUCAAUUUGAGUGACAGCUGCCCUGGGGAUGGCGAUCAGGCAUGCGUGGACGCAGUGGUGGGGCUCAACCCUGGGCUCAACUGCUCAGAGCUCACACGUGGCCAGGCCGUGUGCGUAGAGCGCGACGAGAGCAGGGCGAGGGAGGUGGCAGUGUGUGAUAAGGAGUACCUUGUCCAGGUGUGUGGCGGUUGUGAUGCCGUGAUUACGGCUGUGGAUCCACCUUUGAGCCCACUGGAGUUCUACCGUCUCAACCCAGGCAUCAACUGCAAUUGCUUGUCCACCAAUUUAGAGGAACGCUACUUGCAGCGCAAGGUUUGCAUUUCCAGCAGCACACGGUACAAGACUGGCACAUGCCCAAGGGGCACCUACAGUGUUGCAGCUGGAGACAGCUGCGCCAUGAUUGACGUGAAGGGGUUUGCCAGCAUUAAGGGGUGCUACAGGAAGAUGAAUGGCUUUGAUUGCUUGGAGAAAAUGCCUCCCAGGACAAUUGUCUGCACCCCAGAAGCUUCUGCUGCUCGAGUUGGGAUAUGUUCCACAGGAUAG